UCGGCUUUGGCCCAGCCGCUUCAUCAGCUCUGGAUCUACUUGUACUUGCCCUCCGCUCUUCCCCAGUAGCAUGUUGGACGCCUUCCGACCUGAGGGGCUCAUCUUCCAGCGUCAUAACUUUUAUAUGCCUGUUGUCUUUGUCCAUGGAGUUUUCUUGGCAAGGAUACUGGAGUGGCUUGCCGGUUCCUCCUCCAGGUGGAUCACGUUUGGUCAAAACUCUCCACAAUGACCUGUUCAUCUUGGGUGCCCUACUCGGCGUAGUUCAUAGCUUCUCUGAGUUCUUCAAGCCCCUUCGCCACGGCAAGGCAGUGAUCCAUGAAGGGGAUCCUAAUUAAUCCUCCUAAUUAAGCCUCCUAAUUUAGCCGGGUCACUCCCUGCCUCCCAGGCGGGGGCUCCCAUUCCCACCCCCGCUGCCCAGGGUCGCUGCAUCUGCCGCCGCCAUCAGGAUUUUGGGAAGCUACAACUUGCCCUGACUUCUGUGCUCCUGAAGAAGUUGAACCUGCAAACCUGGUCAGGAUGGACGGAGGAAGAUGGACAGUUGACCUGGUCAAGCUGUCUCCUGCAUCCCUCCCUGCAACCUUUGAGCAUCCCCUCCUGGGACCCUCGGAGAAAUCUGGUGAGGAAGACGAUGGUCAGAAUUCUACGGAGCCAUCUGUGAAUUCAUUGGGAAGAACAAAGAAACAGUUUAAGUGCAGGGAAUGUGGAAUGUGCUUUAGUCACUGUGGAAGAAUGAGGAUACACCAAGGAACUCACAUGGGGGAGAAACCAUUUGAAUGCAUGGAGUGCGGAAAGAGCUUCCAUAAAAGUGGAACAUUUAGAAUACAUCAACGAACUCACACGGGGCAGAAACCAUUUAAAUGUAUUGAAUGUGGAAAGAGCUUCAGUCAUAGUGGAACACUUAGAAUACAUCAACGAACUCACACAGGGGAGAAACCAUUUAACUGUAUAGAAUGUGGAAAGAGCUUCAGUCAUAGUGGAACACUUAGAAUACAUCAACGAACUCACACAGGGGAGAAACCAUUUAACUGUAUAGAAUGUGGAAAGAACUUCAGUCAAAGUGGAGACCUUAGAAUGCAUCAACAAACUCACAUGGGGGAGAAACCAUUUAAAUGUAUUGAAUGUGGAAAGAGCUUCAGUCGUAGUGGAAACCUUAGAAGACAUCAACAAACUCACACGGGGCUGAAACCAUUUACAUGUAUUGAAUGUGGAAAGAACUUCAGUCAAAGUGGAGACCUUAGAAUGCAUCAACAAACUCACAUGGGGGAGAAACCAUUUAAAUGUAUUGAAUGUGGAAAGAGCUUCAGUCGUAGUGGAACACUUAGAAUACAUCAACAAACUCACACGGGGCUGAAACCAUUUACAUGUAUUGAAUGUGGAAAGAGCUUCAGUCUUAGUGGAAACCUUAGAAUACAUCAACGAACUCACACAGGGGAGAAACCAUUUAACUGUAUAGAAUGUGGAAGGGGCUUCAGUCAAAGUGGAAACCUUAGAAUACAUCAACGAACUCACACAGGGGAGAAACCAUUUAACUGUAUAGAAUGUGGAAACAGCUUCAGGCAUAGUGGUCACCUUAGAAUACAUCAACAAACUCACACAGGGGAGAAACCAUUCAAAUGUAUUGAAUGUGGAAAGAGCUUCAGUCGUAGUGGAACACUUAGAAUACAUCAACGAACUCACACAGGGCAGAAACCAUUUAAAUGUAUUGAAUGUGGAAAGAGCUUCAGUCGUAGUGGAACACUUAGAAUACAUCAACAAACUCACACGGGGCUGAAACCAUUUACAUGUAUUGAAUGUGGAAAGAGCUUCAGUCUUAGUGGAAACCUUAGAAGACAUCAACGAAAGAGGAUUCUCAUGAGGCCGGAGGAACAUCGCCCGGCUGAGAGGCAUGAAGGCCACUCCCUGCAAGGCCUUUCCCACCUGGCCUUGGGGGCAGGACCCAGACUCACCCAGCUCUACUAUGUUAAAUUUGUAUUCUGUAGUUGA